AUGCAUUUUUCGAGUCGAAAUUCUAAAUUAAUUUCUGUGAAGAAUGACAUGAUUGAAUCUGAAUUCAAACUUCUCGUGAAACAACAACAGCCCCAGCAACUGAUUCCCUCAAAUAAUUGCACGACAGUUGCCGGUGGAUCUUUGGAUGUCACUACAGCUACUGUCACGUCAUCCAUGACACCCGUCGAUCCACAACCAUUUUUCUCCUUGUCACUACCACCAAAAGAGAAAUUCAAAUUGGCCAUUGAUAAUGCUGGUGACAGUCUUUCGAAACGUCAAUCCCGUCGUACAGUGACGGUGUUGGAUGGUAAUUAUCGAGUAAACUCUGCAGAAAAUGAACGUUAUCAACUAUCCAGACAAGAUGCUUCCGUUAGCCAUGCUCGACGAAGUCCUUUGGGAAGGUCGUUACUCUCUUCUAAGCCUUUAAUAUUCCACUAG